AUACACGUUGUCAAAAAUAUUUGUGCAAGUUGUGGGGACGGAUAAAAACGAAUAAUUGCUUUCUUGAAUCCAAUCCAAGUUAAGAACAGUUGUUGCAUUGAAUUCACACCAUUGAUUUUCUCUUCUCAGACACAACUUCUCUGUAUUUCCAUAGAGGAAGAUGGCUACCUUGAUUGUACCUCCAGUUCGUCCUUCUCCCAGAGAUGAUGCCAUGCAACUUUACCGUGCUUUCAAGGGUUUUGGGUGUGAUACUAGUGCUGUUAUUAAUAUUCUAGCCCAUCGAGAUGCUACACAACGUGCUUACAUCCAACAAGAAUACAAAGCGAUGUACUCUGAGGAACUUCCCAAACGCUUAGCUUCAGAACUUAGAGGAAAGUUAGAGACUGCAGUUCUUCUCUGGAUGCAUGACCCUGCACGACGUGAUGCAACAAUUAUUAGGAAGUCUCUAACAGCUGAUAACAAAACCCUUGAAAGUGCUACUGAAGUAAUAUGUUCACGCACUCCAUCCCAGCUACAAUAUCUAAAACAGAUCUACCAUUCCAUGUUUGGUGUUUAUCUUGAGCAUGAUAUUCAAACAAACACUUCCCCUGGGGAUCAUCAAAAGAUCUUGCUUUCAUAUAUAAGCACACCUCGCCCCGAAGGCUUUGAGGUUAAUAGAGAAAUUGCUCAGAAGGAUGCAAAGGUUCUUUACAAAGCAGGGGAGAAGAAACUAGGAACUGAUGAAAAGACUUUUAUCCACAUAUUCAGUGAACGGAGUGCAGCACAUUUGGCUGCUGUCAGUUCUUAUUACCAUGAUAUGUAUGGUCACUCGCUAAAGAAGGCAGUAAAAAAUGAAACAUCUGGGCGCUUUGCUCAUGCACUUCUGACUAUAGUUCAAUGUGCGGUUAAUCCAGGAAAGUAUUUUGCAAAGGUGUUGCAUAAGGCAAUGAAAGGUUUGGGGACUGAUGAUUCCACACUCAUAAGGGUCAUUGUGACAAGGACUGAGAUUGAUAUGCAGUAUAUCAAAGCAGAAUAUUCAAAGAAAUACAAGAAAAUGCUGAACGAUGAAGUUCACUCGGAAACAUCUGGCGACUACCGGGCUUUUCUUCUUGCACUUUUGGGUCCCAAUCACUAGCCAAAGAUGUUCAAUGAUGUUUCAGGUGGAAUAAAUUCACCCUUUGAUGUUUAAAGUAUGAAAACAACAUUUCGAAUUUGAUUUGUUAUGCUUUGAGAGCAUUUUCUACACUCGUGUUUAUGAACUUGUGUGUUUGUUAGUGUAAUGCACAGAUGAAUUGUGUAUUUAGUUUGCAUAACUAAUGUCUUUACUUGUUUCUGCAAUAUAUUAUCCAUUCAAUGUUACUCA